AUGGUCACUCAGCAGUGUGCGUGCGGCCACCUCCAGAGCCGCACGUCAUGUGGCGCAUCAUUCACCAACCCCUCGUCGCGUGAGACCGUUCAACUCAAGUGCAACUCAGAGUGCAUGGUGCGCCAGCGUAACGCUCGUCUUGCCGACGCGCUCGGCAUCAAGUCUCCCAUCGACCGCACGCUCACCGAGUGGUCACCGGACCUCAAGGCCUUUGCGCGCCAGAACCACAGCUUUGUCCUCACCGUCGAACAGACGUUCAAGGACUUCAUCCUCGGCGCACGCACUACCUUGAUUCUGCCUCACAUGCCGCCCGCCAAGCGCACCUUUGUGAUUGGCAUGGCGGACGUGUACCACCUUGGCCGCGAGCUCAUUGACGCCGAGCCCAACCGCUCCGUCCAGAUCCGCCGUCGCAUCGACACGCGUCUUCCCAACCCGCUUCUUUCGGCGGCUGCACCCGCACCCGUUGCCACGCGUCUUGGCGGUCUCGCCAACCUUCGUGCCAAUGCCUCGUCGCCUUCGACACCUCCUGUCGCGAGCAGCUGGAGCGCUGGUCGUCCUGCUGCUGGUUCGUCCACCACCGCUGCUACUGUGGCAACCCCACCGACGAGCUUGCCGACUAGCCGUGUGCCCUCCCCCGGUAUCGGUGCGCCGUCUGCGUCGGCUCCCGCGCCGACUCCUGUUCCAACCGCGCCGGUCGCAGCCCCGCUGGCGCCCGUGGUACCCACCCCCGUGCGCGCGACGGUCAUGCCGCACACCAACAUUCCCGUCCCUGUCGUCAACGUGUACAGUCUGUCUGUCGGUGACGAUGACGAUUGGGACCACAGCGGUGACGAGGCUUAG